ACCGCUUGCGGCAAGCAGGCUCCAAGGAAACGACAGACCGGAGCCCUGGUUUGAACGAGCCGGCGGUGAACGGCCUAGCUCGGUCCGGUCACGGUGGCAGUGGACUGUGAGCUCAGAAAGCUGGCCUGAACAGCAGCGGCGUCGGCCGGACGCGGAGCAGCCGGCGAGCGUUCCAAGGCGCUGCUCCCACGCCGCCCCUGGGCAAUGCAUGGCGGCCGUGCCCGCUGAAGAAAGCCUUGGACAGUAACCAAGGCGACAGGUGUUGAAAACCAACUGCUCCGCGAUCUCCAACUGAAUCAAUGAAUACUUAUAUUUUUGUUUAAGAUUUGGGAUUUUUAAAAUAGUAACUUAAAAUAUUCAGUGUUUAUUUUUGUAGAUAUAUGUUUUUUUUAAGUAAACACACCGUUGAUGUACGAAGCCUUUUAAAAAAAAAUAACGUCGAUCGAGUUUUAAUGCCUUUAGAAUGAACACCGUUUUGGAAACUAGAGCCAAAAGACAGACGGCGGCAAGCUGCAGCCGCGUGGAAGGUGAACCACUAACUGGAACAUCGGUCUUCAAUGUAUCGGAAUCUGUCCGAUCUCCUGAGGGAGCUGGUGGACAUUUAUCAUCUACUGACUGUCGGUCUUGUCAGUCUAGUCUGCAUGCCUCAGAAGCUGGAAACAAAGCAUUAACAUUGUAUAAAGAUAACAAUAUUUCUACUACUGAAAGACCGAGCAAGAACUUGGAGGAAUUAAGGAAAGAACUAGAAAGACAUACAAAAGAAACAAAGAAACUUCAGGAAGAGUUAGAGUUUGCUACCACGUUAACAAUGGACAAAUGUAGCCUUACGUUUAAUGAGGGUAGAAGUUGCAGUCUCAGUGAAAUCUCAACUAGCCACAAUGACAAGCUCAAAAUGAACCGAUCUUUUACUGCGGUUUUUCCAAAUGUCCGAUCUCCUUUUCGGAGCUCAAUACUUCAGACUUCUAUCUCAAAAACACCUUGUCACAGAUUUCCCCAGACUACUAAAUAUGAUGUGGAUGUUGUUAUAUCCAGGAAGAGCAGUCCAUCCUCCGGUAUGCCAAUUGUUGAGAAGUCACUGGAGGACUGUGUAAAUGAGGGAGAUCAUGAGCAGUCAAAGUGUAAUAUUCAACAAUCUGUGAUGGAUCUACAAUCUAAAUUACAAGAACUACAGUCUGAAAGAGAUAGCUUGAUGAAUCUCAGGUUAAAAGAAAGCCAGAACCAAGGAGUAUUGAUAUCCAAGCUGCACAGCACAGUGCAAGAGUUAGAAACUGUUAACCGCAUGCAAGAUGAGACUGUUCAGGGUACUAAUACUCAGAUCGAGCAACUCGGGAAAAAGAUUGAAGAACAACUGGACUGUCUGAAAACUGAAUCACACAGCAAAACUGAACGAUUGCUUAAGCAGCAAGAAGAGCGAAUAGAGCAGCUGAAGCAUGAACAUCAGCAAGAAUUGUCAGUACUGACUGAAAAAGUAAACUGCUCUCGCAGCCUUGCCUCGAGGUUCCAAAACCAAGUGGAAGCCGUACAAGAACAAGCGAGAAAUCAAAGCAUAAUGUACUCACGACAGCUUACAGACCUGGAGACAACUGUCUGCCAUCUCCGAACUGAAUUACGGGAAGCCAGAAGGAUGUACGAAGACAAGAUAGAGGACCUGCAAAAGGUAAUAGAAGAAUCUCAGUCUGAGGUUUGUAAAAUCAGGAAAGAAAAGGAUGAAUUCAGGCAAGAGGUAGAAACCAUGAGUUGUCGAAUCCAACAAUUAACGGCUGACAAUUGUAAAGUUGAAGAGGACCUCAAAGUGGCCAAAGAACAAAAUCAGAAGCUGUGGGAUCGGGGAACAACCAAUUGCAUCUCCAUUGAAAACUUACAGCAUGAACUUGAUUGCAAAAAUCAGGACAUUCAACGGCUGGAUGGUGUAAUAAAGAGCCUUAAGGAACAGUGCCAGUGUUACAUACAAUAUCAGGCAUCUGCAGAUGAGCAAAGGAAUGAAGAUCAACAGAAAAUAACAGCCUUAGUCAACCAAUAUGAGACCUGUAGAGAGCAGCUUUGUAAAACUGGAGAGGAGCUUAAUAAGAAGAAACAGCAAAUUGACAAAACCGAAGCAAGUAUCUGUCACUUGAAAGAAUCUUUAAAGGAAAGGGAAAGAUGUCUGGAAAAUGCAGCAGUGGAAAACAAUAAACUGCAACUUGAAAUUGAGGAUAAGAACCAGAAAAUCCAAAGAAUGAAAAUAGCAGAGGAGAGCAUUUGUGAUCAGUUUGAAGAAGCUGUGAGAUGCGUAAAGGAAAUGCAGAGUCAGAAUGAUUCACUGAAGCAGGAGCUGAGUGAAAAAGGCAACAUGCUAAUUGUUCUGCGACAAGAAAUGGAAAACAUUGCUGAAAUGACAUCGCAGCAGAGUUCUGCAUCUGAGGCACUGCAAGCUGAAAGAAAGCAACUCCAGAAGGAAGUUGAUUGCCAGAAACAGAAGAUGCAAGAGUUAAAGACUGAAUUGGAACACAAAGAUGCACAAAUGCAAGAGCUCCAGGCACAUCUCAGUGAAUUGGAACGGGAAAAAAAUAAGCUGGUAAAUUCUGCAACUGAACAUAUAUCUGAGCUGGGAGAAUUGUUACAAGAAAAGGAGGAACUUGCAUCUGAACUGAGACGUGCCCAGACACAGAUGAGUGAUCUGAAAGAAGAGUAUGAUAACUUGCAGAGGAGCUACGCUUGUAAAACCAAAGAAUAUGAAUGGUCUACAAACAAACUUAAAGCUCGGCUAAAAUCGGUUCAAAAUGAUCUAGAUCAAAGCAGAGAAGCGUUGAAAGUUCUCGAAGGAGCUGACGCCCAUGCAAUGAAAAUUGCCAUGGGAAUGCAAAAGCAAAUCACAGCCAAGCGUGGACAGAUUGAUACAUUACAGAGCAAAGUUCAGUUCCUGGAAGAAACUUUAGAGAACACUGAGAGGGAGAAAUGCUACCUGAAAGAAGAGAAAGUACGACUGACUAAGGAACUUGCUUGCAUUACAUCAGAAAGAAAUAAAAUUGUUGGAGAACUCGAUGCCACAAAGUCUCAAGAAAAAUGCUUGAGAGAAAAGCUGAUGAGAUUGGAGUCAGCAUUAGAAAAGGCCUGCCUCCGGUUUUCUGAUUGUCAAUCGGUUAUUCAGCGUCAGGAGCAGGACUUCGUGCGCUUAAAGCUGCAACAUGCACUGGAAGUAAAGGAGCUCCAAGGUCCAAAUUUUACUACCUGUACAUAUUCAAGCGCUCGAGUCUGUUCCCCUUCAGUUGGUGUUAAUCAGUCAUCUUCCCAGCCUUCGUCACAAUACUUAUCCACUGCAGUUUCCAACGCCUGUGGUCUUCGAGAGAAUUUGAACGCUGACCUGAACAAUAUUCCAAUGGAGCAUAAGAGUGCAGUCUGUGAGGGGUGCAACAGAUCAAGCCACGUAAAUUGCAAUGAAUGUGAGGGAGAACAAACAUCAAGGAAUAUGCAUGCUGUUGAUGACGUGAAUACAGAUGUCUGUAAGGAACGAGGAACCCAGGACAGUCUCUUUAGGGACCCACUAACCUAUUCUUCAGAAGUGAAAGAACCUUUCAAUAUUGACAAUGUAACUUGCAGUGCUGACCACUCACUGCAGAUAGGUGGUCCAUGUUACACCUCCUUCAAGUGGGAGACACCACCAGAGAGAUCGCCAGUAUCUUCCUUGCUAACUGGCUCUGUACCUCAGUGUGAGACUAUAAAAGAAAACUCACCCUUCAGCGAGGUGUGUGAUUCAAGAACCAGCUACGUCCCAGCACAAGACAGCAAUGGUGAAGAAUCAGAUGUUGCAGAACAGGCCUGCAAAAACCUGCAAAACAAACUGGAUGGUCUGCAAAACCUGGUGGAAGAUCUUCAGCUGAAGAAUCAUGAAAUGUCCUCCAUGAUCAGAAACCAAGAGAAGAGGAUAAAGAGAGUAAGAGACAGAGAAAAGGUCCUAAAGAAGUGACAUCCAGUUUCUGCAUUUUAUUGCUUACGAUGUACGGCUUUUGACUUGGUGCAGUACAAAAAUAAAAUCUGCUGCUAUUUAAGAUCUUGUGAAAUAAGGUCUGUCUAUGCAGUUGAAAAUAGUUGAUGAUCAGCAUGAGAGAACUGUGGCUACUGUCGAUGCAAAGUCACUGAAAUACCAAUGUUCUGUAUUAAAUGCCUUAACUGUUUCAAUGCUCAGUUUAUUGUGCAUGGGAUAAACAGCAAAGGCUCUUACUGGGGUAACAUGAGGGAGUGGGAUGGAUCAGAAUGAUGAAUGAUAUCUACUUUAAUUCACUGGAAGUGCUCCUGUGUUUUCUACACACACCACUGUGUAAGGUUACUGUACAAAUUCAAGACAAUGCAACAAAAUGUUCACUUGUGUUGACCAACUGAAGCGUAUUUUGAAGUAAUUAACAAAAGUUCUCACUAACCAACCCCACUCCACCCAAAGAACUAAGAUGUUGAGUUAAUGGUUGUCACAUAUACUGAUAUGCAGUAAAGAACUUUGUUUGCAUGCCUUUUGAGAUCAUUGAUAUCUUUGUGCUUAAACCCUUGACAGCUAUGUUUGAAAAAUAUUAAUUUUACAUGUCCCAGUGAAGUGAUGUUGGAUUUAUAUUCGCAACACUUUCUCUUUUGGCUCCUCGCAGACCAAAGGUGUACAAUGACUAAUCGCUGGGGCCCAUGCUGUGCCUUCCGUUUUGAUGGCUACAUGGAGCAGUCAUGUUCCAAGCCUACACUGUAACGCUCCCCAACUCUAACUAACUUUUUUAUUGCACGUCGCACCAGACAGUCAGCCAUUCUUGUCUGGCGUGUGGUGUCAGGAUUGGUCUCCUUUCGGAUUAACCAGGUCACAAUACGAAUGUUCCUGACUCGACCUUUUUUUUAUUGUAUGAGGCCGAGUGGCUAGCUCGACAGUCAACCCGGCAUGGAUGGAAAGCAUGCUCAGGGGGUGGCCCGACUUGGGAGCCUUCGCUCCGGAGUCUGGCGCUGAUGCCUUUGCGCCACCAGCUGGCCUAACUACAUUGACAACUUUCUUCACUACAUAUACACUUUUUACUAAUGACUGUGAGGCUAAGUUCGGCACCAAUGCUAUAUUCAAGUUUGCUGACGACACCACUUUUGUUGGGCGAAUCAAAGGUGGUGACAAAUUGGCAUAUAGGAGGGAGAUUGAAAAUUUGGUUGAAUGGUGCCACAACAAACUCUCGCUCAACGUUAGCAAAACCAAAGAGCUGAUUAUUGACUACAGGAGGAAGAAAUCAGAGGUCCAUGACCCAAUGCUCAUCAGGGGAUUGGAGGUGGUUUGAAUUAGGAACUUAAAAUGCCUGAAUGUUAUCAUAUCAGGGGAUCUGUCCUGGCAAUAGAAAUGAGAGUGCUCAAGAGCAAAAAGUACAAAAAUGGUGGAUCACAGGAAGAGUCCUCCCUGUCAUCAAGCACAUCUACUAAGAGUGCUGCCAGAAGAAAGCAGCAUCCAAGGAUCCCGACCAUCCAGGCCAUGGUGGCUUUUCACUGCUACCAUCAGUAAGGACGUACAGGAGCCUUGGGUCCCAUGUCACCAGGUUCAGGAACAGUUGGUUAACCCUCAAGCAUCAUGAAUUCACUCACCACAACACUGAACUGACCAUUGAACACGAACUUCAGACUCACUUUCAAGAACUCUAUAACUCAUGGUCUUGGUUUUAUUUAUCUAUCUAUGUAUGUAUUUAUUUAUUUAUUACUUGUUUGUAUUUGCACAAUUUAUCAGUCUUCACGUGUAGUGUGUAGUUUUUCAUUGAUUCUAUUGUACUUUGUUCUACUGUGAAUGCUUGCAAGAAAAUAAAUCUCAAGGUAAC